GUUGCAUUGUUUACAGUAGUUGAGCCCUGAUGCUGACCGUUAACUGUAGUAAUAACUAUGGAGUAAACAGACCUCACUGGAUUUUGUGACAAAUUAUGAUGACAUAAUUAAAACAUAAUCGAAGCUUGGACCUGUUAACACUUUGAGAUGUUCCUGUGUAGAUAGCUGUCCUUCACCGCUGUGUUUUUGUGUGAUAAGUGACUAGAUUUGUGCAGUUUGGCUACUUUAGCCAGUCAAGAUGGACACCAACGAGGAAGACAUAUGCAGGGUUUGUCGGUCGGAGGGGACCCAGGACAAGCCUCUCUACCACCCCUGUGUGUGCACCGGCAGCAUUAAGUUCAUCCAUCAGGAAUGCUUGUUGCAGUGGUUGAAACACAGCAGAAAAGAAUACUGUGAAUUAUGCAAGUAUAGGUUUGCGUUUACACCAAUCUACUCUCCAGACAUGCCAUCUCGUUUGCCUCUCCAGGACAUCUUUUCAGGGCUGAUCAAAAGUCUUGCAAGAGCCAUCAGAUACUGGUUCCACUACACACUGGUGGCCUUUGCCUGGCUCGGCGUGGUGCCUCUCACUGCAUAUCGCAUCUACAAGUGUUUAUUUACUGGCUCUGUGAGCUCCCUCCUUGCCCUGCCAUUAGAUAUGAUAUCAACAAAAGACAUGCUCCUUGAUUGCGUCCACGGUGGGUUUGUGGUCACAUGCACAUUGUCUGCCUUCAUCAGCCUGGUGUGGCUGAGAGAACAAAUCGUCCACGGUGGUGGCCCCCAGUGGUUGGAGCAGAAUCAACCCCCUCUGGUUCCCAAUCAGCCCAAUGGCCCUGCAGCUGCUGAUGAGGUUCCAGGCGGUCAUGGAGCUGCAGACGAAGCAGCGGAUCGACGACCAGCAGACCCGGACGCUGCGCCUGCCGACCCACACCAAGCUGGUAACCAUGGAGACGAGGCCGAGCUGGACGACGACGAGGACGAAUACGAUGACGAUGAGGAUGAUGACGAGGAUGAUGAUAAUGAUGAGGAUGAUGAGGAGGAGGAGGAGGAUGCUGAUCCCAACAACAGAGGAGGUAUCCCUUUCCUUUUUCUAGCAGAGUUGCACUGGAACGCCAUGGAGUGGGACCGCGCCGCCGAGGAGCUGACCUGGGAGAGGAUGCUGGGGCUGGAUGGCUCUCUUGUUUUCUUAGAACACGUCUUCUGGGUGGUGUCUCUGAACACGCUCUUCAUCUUAGUCUUUGCUUUUUGCCCCUAUCACAUCGGCCAUUUCUCAGUGGUUGGACUGGGCUUUGAGGAGUAUAUCAGAGCAUCAAACCUAGAUGGUCCCAUCACCACCUUAGUGGGCUACAUCCUUCUGGCUGUUGCUUUCAUACUCUUUCACGCAUUGGCUUCGUUAGUGAAGUUCCAGCGGUCCAGACGUCUUUUAGGUGUCGGCUACAUUGUUGUCAAGGUGUCCUUGCUGGUUGUCAUGGAGAUAGGCUUGUUCCCAUUGAUUUGUGGCUGGUGGCUCGACAUCUGUUCAUUAGAAAUGUUCAAUGCAAGUCUGAGGAGCAGGGGUCAGAAUCUGGACAGCGCCCCUGGUACCACCUUGUUCCUCCAUUGGCUGGUGGGCAUGGUUUACGUCUUCUACUUUGCCUCCUUCAUCCUUCUGCUUAGGGAGGUGCUACGACCUGGUGUGUUGUGGUUCCUGAGAAACCUAAAUGACCCAGAUUUUAACCCAGUCCAAGAGAUGAUCCAGCUGCCCAUCUACAGACACCUCCGGAGGUUUAUACUCUCUGUGGUGGUGUUUGGUUCCUUAGUUCUGCUGAUGCUUUGGCUUCCUGUACAGAUUAUUAAACUUCUAUUUCCAGACUUCCUUCCAUAUAAUGUGAUGCUUUUCAGCGACGCCCCCGUUAGUGAGCUGUCCUUAGAGCUGCUGUUGCUUCAGGUGGUUCUUCCAGCGUUGUUGGAGCAGGGUCACACUCGCCAGUGGCUCAAACAGCUCAUCCACGCCUGGACGUUCACCGCGGGAUACGCACUCGACCUGCACUCCUACCUCCUGGGGGAACACGAAGAUGAGGACAACCAACCAAAUAAUAACGCACCUGGUCGCCAUAACAACAACAGGAUUCCUGGCUUGGGGGAGGGGCUUCACGCUGCACAUCAGGCCUUUCUGCAGCAGGGCGGUCCGCUGGGAUUCCAACCGUACUACCGACCCAGAAACUUCCCCCUCAAGAUCGGCCUGCUGGUGGUCUUGAUGUGUGUGACCCUGUUAAUGACUAGUCUGAUCUGCCUCACUCUGCCAGUGUGUGUCGGCCGCUGGGUCAUGUCUUUCUGGAUGGGCACCGCCACGGUUCAUGAGCUGUACACAGCAGCCAGCGGUCUGUACGUGUGCUGGUUGUCCGUCAGAACGGCCACGGUGCUGGUGUCCUGGGUUCCACAGGGACCGACGGUCAUUCUGUCCAAAGCCUACAAGUGGAUCGUCACGAUCCUUAAGAUGACGGCGGUGGCUGUGCUGUUACUGGGCGUCAUCCCUCUGCUGCUGGGCGUGCUGUUCGAGCUGGUCUUCAUAAUUCCUUUGAGAGUCCCGCUGGUGCAGACGCCGCUCUUGAACCCCUGGCAGGACUGGGCCAUGGGCGUCCUCCAUGCUAAAAUUAUUGCUGCAAUAACUCUGAUGGGCCCUCAGUGGUGGUUCAAAACCGUCAUCGAGCAGGUGUACGCUGACGGAAUUCGGGACAUUAACGUAUGCUUUAUUGCACGAAGUCUGGCUGCUCCGGUCGUUUGUGUGUUGCUGCUGUUUAUCUGUGUGCCAUACACCAUCGCCAAAGGCAUUACACCGCUGCUAGGUGUUCAACCUUGGACACAAAUACUAGUGGAAAGGAGGAUUUAUCCGUUCAUGCUGAUGUUUCUACUUCUGCUGGCCCUCCUGUUCUUUCAGAUACAACAGUUCAAGCGCCUUUAUGAGCACAUAAAGAACGACAAAUACCUGGUUGGACAGCGACUGGUGAACUAUGAGCAUAAGAAACACCGAAGCUCCUCCAAGUAUUCCCACAGCACCUCCUCAUGAACUCUAACACAGCUGUCGGAUAAGUGGAGCCCAUUCUGAUCCGGUCUUCUGCUUCGAAACCUGGUUUUUAAACGCGACUCCUCACAUUUCAACUUCGGCCCCGUUAUUUUUUUUCAGCGACGUCGAUUGCGAUCACGGGCCGAGACAAAAACACUUGAGAAAUGAAUCGAAGGUGACAAAAAAAAAAAAAAAAUGUCAGCAGAACCGCAAAGGUGACUGUCCCUUCUCUGACGUGCAUUUUAUUUUUAUAAUGUACAUUUUAAUAAGGUUUGAGUUGUUCGGAAUAGCUUUUACCUCAGAUCGUGCUUCCGUUUGAAUGUUUGUCGAAUCAAUGCCACUGAUCGUCUCUUAAUAAGACAUUUUUGACGGGUUGCGGAGGAAAUCAUCGCACUAGAACAGGAUCUCCUCUGCAGCUCCACGUACUCACUGUUAAAGCGUCUCAAAUGACAUCCGUCGUUAAUAAGGAGGGACAUAAACGAUGUAGCAAUGCGAUUGUAUUUUAUUUUUGCCGUUUUUCUUAGAUGUGUUUUCAUUGAUUUUUUUUUUUUGUGUGUGUGUGUUUAUUUUCUAGAGUGAGCUGUGAAGUAGUCCAGUUGAAUUUAAUGCAGAAAAGACAGACAGACAAUCUGUACACAGUCGAGGAAUUGUUUACUUAACGGAGGAUUUUUUCACAGUCUGGGCUUUGUCGCAGAUAUAAGAAAUCCGCCUUUAGGAGAGGAGAGGUCAUUGGAU